GCUAAACAGUCUCGACCAGCGACAGCACAGGCUCCACCACACAUGCUUGGCUGACAAACAUCUAGGCUGCGCACUUUUACAUGACAUACAACGCACAGACAGUUAAGAGGAAAUGCUGCUGACACGAUAAGAGAAGAAAGUAGAAGACCACGAGCGCGGGGCGACUUCUGAAGACAAUAGUUCAGAAAAGGAGAGGAAGUGAAGGAAUAUUGAAAGACAGUGGUGCCAGAUUCUUGGACCCAUGCUGCUGAGUGAGUGAACACGGUCGCUCUCAGUCACACUGGUAUCGGAUAUGCCGAAAGAGGAUGCGGUGCCAAGUGACACAAACUCCUGCGAUGCCCAGAGCCAGGACAGCAUUGUCCUGGUCCAGAUGGCCAGCCUUUCCAUGGAUAUGUUCACACCUGGAGACUUUAAAGGGAAGUUCCGAAAGAUGCAGCCCAAGAAAAGACCCACGAUUAUCCGAGAAGUUACACCAGCAUCCCCUCUCGGUAAGCCCCCUCUGCCACAAGCAACCACCAGUCAGGGUGAGAGAAAAGGGCUUCCUGCCAUCAUGCCUCUCACUGUGGACCCUGAGAGCAAACCGGGCGAGUAUGUGCUCAAGAGCCUCUUUGCCAACUUCACGCUGCUGUCAGAGCGCAAGAUACGCAUCAUCAUGGCAGAGCCACUGGAAAAGCUGCUCACCAAAUCUCUCCAGAGGGGAGAAGACCACCAAUUUGAUCAGGUGAUUAGCACUAUGAGUUCUCUGGCUGAAUACUGCCUGCCGUCGAUCCUGCGCACGCUCUUUGACUGGUACAAGCGGCAGAACGGCCUAGAGGACGAGUCUCAUGAGUACCGACCUCGAGCCAACACCAAGUCCAAAAAUGAUGAACAACAAAAGGAUUAUCUGUUGGAAAGGAGAGAUUUAGCAAUAGACUUCAUAUUUUCUCUGGUACUCAUUGAGGUUUUAAAACAGAUCCCUCUCCACCCUCUUCUGGAUGGCCUCAUUCAAGAGGUCAUUAACCUGGCCUUUAAGCACUUCAGAUAUAAAGAAGGGUACACAGGGCCCAACACAUCCAACAUGCACCUUGUGGCUGACCUUUAUGCUGAGGUGGUUGGGGUGGUGGCUCAGUCCAGGUUUCCCGCAGUAAGGAAGAAGUUUAUCUCCGAGCUGAAGGAGCUCAAGCAGAAGGAACAGAGCCCGUACGUAGUCAAGAGCAUCAUAAGUCUCAUCAUGGGGGUCAAGUUCUUCCGUAUUAAGAUGUACCCAGUGGAAGACUUUGAAGCAUCAUUCCAGUUCAUGCAGGAAUGUGCCCAGUACUUCCUAGAGGUGAAGGAUAAAGAUAUUAAGCACUGUCUAGCUGGUCUCUUUGUGGAGAUAUUGGUCCCAGUGGCAGCUAGCGUGAAGAACGAGGUAAAUGUGCCAUGUCUGCGGAACUUUGUGGAGAGUCUGUAUGACACAACCCUGGACCUUUCUUCCAGGAAGAAGCAUUCUCUGGCUUUAUAUCCGUUGGUAACAUGUUUGCUGUGUGUCAGUCAGAAGCAAGUGUUCCUCAACAGAUGGCAUGUCUUCCUCAACAACUGCCUGUCCAACCUCAAGAACAAGGAUCAGAAAAUGGCCCGUGUAGCGCUGGAGUCAUUGUAUCGGCUACUGUGGGUCUACAUGAUCAGGAUCAAGUGUGAGAGUAACACAGCCACACAGAGCCGUUUGACCUCCAUCAUUUCCACCCUGUUCCCUAAGGGAUCUAGAAGUGUUGUCCCUCGAGACAUGCCUCUCAACAUCUUUGUCAAAAUAAUCCAGUUCAUUGCACAGGAAAGACUGGAUUUUGCAAUGAAGGAAAUUAUCUGUGACCUCCUCAGUGUUGGCAAAUCAGCGAAGGCAUUUAGUCUUAAUCCUGAGAGAAUGAAUAUUGCUCUGAGAGCAUUCUUGGUCAUAGCUGACAGCCUGCAACAGAAGGACGGCGAGCCACCCAUGCCCAACACCGGCGCUACACUGCCCUCAGGAAACACUCUAAAAAAGAAGAAGACCUACCUGAGCAAGACUCUAACAGAAGAGCAGGCUAAGCUCAUUGGUAUGGCACUGUACUACUCACAGGUCAGGAAGGCCAUUGAUAACAUCCUGAGGCACCUGGAUAAGGAGGUGGGCCGCUGUAUGAUGCUUACCAAUGUGCAAAUGCUCAACAAAGAGCCAGAAGACAUGAUUACUGGUGAGAGGAAACCAAAGAUCGACCUGUUUAGGACGUGUGUGGCAGCCAUUCCCCGCAUCCUUCCAGACGGCAUGUCAAAACCUGAACUUAUUGACCUGCUAGCUAGGCUGACAGUCCAUAUGGAUAUUGAGCUCCGUCUAAUUGCCCAGAACUCCCUCCAGAGUCUGUUGCUGGACUUCUCUGAUUGGCGAGAGGAUGUUCUGUUUGGUUACACAAACUUUCUGCUGCGAGAGGUGCAGGACACCCAGCAGGGGCUUCAGGACACUUCAGUAAAAUUACUACUGCAGCUGCUCACCCAGUGGAGACUGGCACUGCAGGCUCCGGGCAAGCGCUCAGCAGAGGCUGGUGGGAGCUCCAGGUUGCCAGUGGAACGCAGCCCUCACUCCACGGUGCUGCAUGCUGUCGAGGGUUUGGCCCUUCUUCUACUCUGUUCUUGCCAGACGAGCACCCGCAAACUUGCUGUGACUGUGCUCCGAGAGAUCCGUUUGCUCUUCACAGCCAUAGGCCAAGCAGAGGAUGAUGAUAAGCCAAUGAUCGAGGUGAUGGACCAGCUCAGCCCCAUAGUUCUGGAUAGCUUUGUCCAUGUGGCUGUGUCUGAUUCAGCCACUCUGCCACUGAGUCACCAUGUGGACCUACAGUGGCUGGUGGAGUGGAAUGCACGUCUGGUCAACAGCCACUAUGACGUUAAGAGCCCGUCUCACGUGUGGAUUUUCGCCCAGUCAGUGAAAGACCCCUGGGUUCUGUGUCUCUAUAGUUUUCUUCGGCAGGAGCACCUGCCAAAACACUGUCCCAUGGCUCUGAGCUACGCUUGGCCAUAUGCCUUCACACGUCUGCAGCUGCUCAUGCCCCUGGUGGACCCCAAUAGUCCAGUAUAUGCCAAAAAGACAAGCACAGCCGGACCCACUGAUAGCUACGUGACCCUGUGGAGAAACUACCUAAUCCUGUGCCUAGGCGUAGCCAAGCCAAGUAUCAUGAGUCCAGGGCACCUGAGGGCCUCCACCCCUGAGAUCAUGGCUACCACUCCUGACGGCAGUAUCACAUACGAUAACAAGCAGGUGAUUGGAACUCCGUCAGUAGCCUGGCUCCUCAAGCAGUUGGUGCCUCUCAUGCGGAUUGAGAGCAUUGAGAUCACAGAGUCUCUGGUGCUGGGCUUUGGCCGGACAAACUCCCUUGUCUUCAGGGAGCUAGUGGAGGAACUCCAUCCACUCAUGAAAGAAGCAUUAGAGCGAAGACCAGAGAAUAAGAAACGUCGAGAAAGGAGAGAUCUGCUGCGGCUGCAGCUACUCCGUAUUUUUGAGCUGCUCGCUGACUCAGGGGUCAUCAGUGACAGCACUAAUGGUGCAUUAGAGAGGGAUUCUCUGGCUCUAGGUGCUCUUUUCCUGGAGUAUGUGGACCUGACACGCAUGCUCCUGGAGGCAGAGAAUGAUAAAGAGCUGGAGAUCCUGAAGGAUAUCAGAGCUCAUUUCAGCGGCAUGGUGGCCAACCUCAUCCAGUGUGUGCCAGUGCACCACAGGCGAUUCCUCUUUCCUCAGCAGAGUCUGCGCCAUCAUCUCUUCAUUCUGUUCAGCCAAUGGGCUGGUCCCUUCAGUGUCAUGUUCACUCCUCUGGACCGCUACAGUGACCGCAACCACCAGAUCACACGCUACCAAUACUGCGCUUUAAAGGCUAUGUCCGCCGUGUUAUGUUGUGGGCCUGUCUUUGAUAAUGUGGGCUUGUCUACUGAUGGCUAUCUCUACAAGUGGCUCGACAAUAUCCUUGGGUGUCAUGAUCUGCGAGUGCACCGACUGGGCUGCGAGGUAGUCAUUCUGCUGCUGGAACUGAACCCAGAUCAGUCAAACCUGUUUAACUGGGCAGUGGAUCGCUGCUUCACCGGCUCCUACCAGCUGGCCUCCGGCUGCUUUAAAGCCAUCGCUACAGUGUGUGGGAGCAGAAACUAUCCAUGUGACCUUGUUACCCUGCUGAACCUGGUGCUUUUUAAAUCCUCUGACACCAGCCGAGAGAUAUAUGAGAUCUCCAUGCAGCUUAUGCAGGUUUUGGAGGCAAAGCUAUCUGUGUACGCUACAAGAAUUGUGGGCCAAAAGACAGGGAACAUCUUGUAUGGCACCCAUGGCCCUUUGCCUCCACUUUACAGUGUAUCCCUCUCACAGCUCUCUAACCAGCUCGCCUGCAUGUACCCAGAGCUCACUCUCCCCCUCUUCUCAGAGGUCAGUCAGAGGUUUCCUACCACUCAUCCCAAUGGUAGGCAGAUAAUGCUCACCUACCUGCUGCCUUGGCUGAACAAUAUCGAGCUGGUGGACACGGGUCUGCUGCCCCCAGCCUCCAGUCCCUGCACACCAGAGGAGGACGGGCAAAAGCAUACAGAUGGCAUGGGCCUCUCACACCCACUCAAAGGCAGUGGGUGGGGAUCCCUGCAGGCCACCUCUCUUAUUCUCAACAACCUCAUGUACAUGACUGCCAAGUAUGGUGAUGAGCUUCCAGGCCCAGAGAUGGAAAAUGCAUGGAAUGCCCUCGUGACCAAUGAGAAAUGGAGCAACAACCUGAGAAUUACACUGCAGUUCCUUAUUAGUCUGUGUGGAGUCAGCAGUGACACCACACUACUUCCUUAUAUUAAGAAAGUAGUGAUCUAUCUGUGCCGUAACAACACCAUUCAGACCAUGGAGGAGCUGCUGUUUGAACUUCAGCAGACCGACCCUGUUAACCCUGUCGUGCUGCAUUGUGAUAACCCACCUUUCUACCGCUUUGCAGCCAGCAGUAAGAUCUCUGCUGUGGCCUCAGGAACAACAUCCAGCAGCAACACUGUUGUAGCAGGGCAGGAAAACAUCCAAGACACGGAUGAGGCAAAGAUUGCUCGAGAGAAUGAGGAGAGGUUAAGUAAAGCUGCACGAGCACAUAACCGGCUCGAGUCACGUUACAGUAACAGCUCCGGAGGCUCCUAUGAUGAGGAGAAAAAUGAUCCUCUGCCCCCGUAUGCUGGCUGGCUACUCAGUGUGUUGGAGACUAAUCGGCCCCAGCCUUUGCCUAUGCCAAUUAACGGAGGUUGCUGGGCACCGUUAGUGGACUACCUGCCUGAAACUAUCACACCACGAGGGCCGCUCCACAGGUGUAAUAUAGCAGUGAUCUUCAUGACCGAGAUGGUGGUGGACCACAGUGUGCGAGAGGACUGGGCUCUGCAUCUGCCCCUCCUGCUACAUGCCCUCUUCCUUGGUUUAGAUCACUACCGGCCAGAGGUUUUUGAGCACAGCAAGCGGCUGCUCCUGCAUCUACUCAUCGCUCUGUCUUGCAACAACAACUUCCAGGUCAUUGCUUCUGUGUUGUUGGUCACCCGGGAGAUCAGCGACAACAAAACACUUACCAUUAAAUCCAGCUUUCAGCCUGAAUACCUGCAUACAGGUGGUCUGGACUUCCUACGGGAGUGGCAGGCAUCUCCUGUGGCAGAUUCGGGUCUGAGCUCCUCCUCCACCUCGUCCAGUGUGAGCCUGGGGGGUAGUAUGGGGAACCUCCCCCAGAUCACAACUGAACUUGAGGACCUGGAGGAAUCUCCAACUGAGUCUGAGGAAAAAACCAACAAACUCAUUGAGUUCCUCACAACCAGGGCCUUUGGACCUCUAUGGUGUCACGAGGACAUCACACCAAAGAACCCUAACUCCAAGAGUGCAGAGCAGCUCACCAGCUUCCUGCGUCAUGUGGUGUCCGUGUUCAAAGAGUCCAAGUCAGACUUCCACCUGGAACAGCAGUUAAGUGACGUGGCUCUGCAGACAGCUCUAUGUAGCUCAUCGCGUCACUAUGCCGGUCGCUCCUUUCAGAUCUUCAGAGCUCUCAGACAGCCACUAUCCGCCCACGCUGUUUCAGACCUGCUGUCACGCCUGGUUGAAGUGGUGGGAGAGCACGGUGAUGAGGUACAGGGUUAUGUGAUGGAGGUGCUGCUUACUCUAGAGUCAGUGGUGGAUAAUUUAGCCGAAUGCCUCAAAAACAGCGACCUGAUGGCAGCGUUGACUCGAUCCUCAUCGCCGGACUUCCUAGUGAGUGGGAAGCUCUGCUCCAACCGCAAGAGCACAGGCCAGCUCAACCUGACACAGGAUGGUACAGCUGAGCGCAGCAGACAUCAGCGGAGUUAUUCAGUGCCCAAAAAGUUUGGAGAGAGUGGGGAACAUUCUUCUUCUGACCCUCCGCGCAGUGCCACCUUAGACCGUAUUCAGGCCUGCACCCAGCAAGGCUUGGCACGCUCAGUUCGGAGUGCCUCAUCCACUUCCUCUGCCCGCGCAGAUGCUAGUGCCAACCCAGCAGAGUUAAGCCACGCCAGUCAUCCUGCCAACCUAUUAGCCACCAUUUUCUGGGUGGCCGUGUCUCUCAUGGAGUCAGACUUUGAGUUUGAGUACCAAAUGGCACUGCGGUUGGUGCACAAGCUACUGGCACGAGUACCCCUUGAACAGCCCGAGAACCGUGAGCGCCUUGACAAGCUCCAGGCUCAGCUUAGGUGGAGCGGCUUCUCUGGCCUGCAGCAGCUCCUACUCAAAGGCUUUACCUCACCAGCCACCAGCGACCUUACAUUGCAGCUCUUCUGCCAGCUUACACCAGUCUCUCGAGUUCCUGUAGUAGACAUAUCUCAGUCUAUAGGCUUCCCUCUGAAUGUGCUUUGUCUGCUUCCUAACCUGGUGCAGCACUUUGAGUCCCCAACGCAGUUUUGCAAAGAGAGUGCUGAGAGGAUAGCACAGGUAUGUCUGGAGGAGAAGGAGAAGAACGCAAAACUCUCUCACCUGGCUCAUGUGAUGACUCUGUACAAAACCCGCUCUUACACCAGAGACUCGUUCUCCUGGGUCAGUGUGGUCUGUCGCUACCUGCAUGAGGCCUUCUCUGACAUCACAUUCAGCAUGGUCACAUACAUGGCUGAGUUAUUGGAUAAAGGCUUACCCAGCAUGCAGCAGCCCCUGCUGCAGAUCAUCUACAGCCUGCUAAGUCACAUGGACCUGGCAGCUAUUCAAGUUAAAGCCUUCAAUGUGGAGGUGCUCAAAACCAUUGAGAAGUUUGUACAUACAGUUCACUGGAAGGAGGCCCUGAAUGUGCUGAAGCUAGUGGUGUCUCGCUCAGCUAGUUUGUCCCUGCCGUCCUAUGCUCACGGGGAUUUGGUCAACCUGGAGGUGAGCCGCAUGAUGUGGGAUGGCUCAUCCAAAGCUCUGCCUGGCAAAACAAUGGAGUUCCACUUUGAUAUUUCUGAGACACCGGUGAUUGGACGUCGGUAUGAUGAACUGCAGGGUAGAGGAGGUAGAGAUGGAAAAGCCCGUGCCAUUGCAGUGACCCGGAGCACCUCGUCCACCUCGUCUGGCUCAAGCUCCAACCCUGUCCUAGUGCCUGUCAGCUGGAAGAAGCCACAAUCCUCACAGAAGCGAACACGUGAGAAGCUGGUGAACGUGCUGUCUCUGUGCGGCCAGGAGGUCGGCCUCAGCAAGAACCCGUCUGUGAUCUUCUCCUCCUGUGGUGAUCUGGACCUCAUGGAACGCCAGCCCAGCCAGGUGUCCUCCGAGGAUGGUACACGAGAGGACACUCUGGAUGACACUGCCUCUGAGCAGCAAUUUCGAGUCUUUAGGGACUUUGACUUCCUUGACGUGGAGCUGGAAGAUGGAGAGGGUGAGAGCAUGGACAACUUUAACUGGGGAGUUCGGCGGCGCUCUCUGGACAGCACAGACCUGACGGAGCUGCUGGAGGAAAGUCAGCACUCGGACAGCACACCUAGCCUCGGGCCCCUUGAUCCCCAGCACGACUCAGAUGACUCAUCUGAGGAAGAGUCAAACUCCACCAGCCAGAGUCUCUCGCAUCACUCGCAACUCACAAUGAACCUGUCUCCUUCAGAGGACACCAAUCAUACUGACUCUUUGUCCACGUCGUAUGACACAUCUGCUGACCCAAACUCUCUGAAUGCAACCACACCAGGCAUGGGGAUGUCUCUUCCAGAUGACACCAUCAUUCCACCUCCACUGCCUGAAGAUGAGGGCAGUCAUGUCCAGGAGGAUGACUUGUUGUUUUGUGUGAGUGAGCUGCCUCCGGGGUUUGACUGUGGCUCCAGCUUCACUUUGGAUAUUCCGCGAGAACCUGAUCGAUCAGAGGUGGAACUGGACCCGAGUUUUCUGCAGGGCUAUAGUUAUGGAGAAGAGAGAGACGACUUGGAUGAACUGGGGUUUCCUCCACCCCCAUCACCCUUCUUUUCCGCCAUCUUGGCUGCGUUCCAGCCCACGGUGUGCGAUGAUGCUGAGGAGGCAUGGCGCACACACAUCAAUCAUCUGCUGAGUGACUCAGAUGGCUCAUGUGCUGUGUAUACCUUCAGCAUCUUCUGUUCCCUGUUCCAGAACAUCCAGAACAAGUUUUACUCCCUAACCAGCGAUGCUGCUAGCUACCUUGCAGAUGGCUUAAAGGGCAUUGGGGCAAAGUUCAUGAGGUCCUCUCAUAUGCUGAGGACAUGUUCAGACUGCCCCAUGCUUUUUGUGGAUGCUGAUACAAUAAUGUCCUGUGGGCUUUUGGAGAGUAUGAAGUUUAGCGUAUUGGAGCUGCAGGAAUAUCUGGACACGUACAAUAGUCGAGAAGAUGCGGCCAUCACAUGGCUUCAGAAUUGCAAGUCCACAUUUCCCAGGUGUCCUGAUGAUGGGGUGAUCACCUGUCAACCUGGAGACACAGAAGAGAAGCAACUGGAACUGUGUCAACGUCUGUACAAACUGCACUUUCAGCUCCUACUCCUUUUUCAGUGCUACUGUAAACUGAUCAGUAAAGUCAGCGCUAUCAGCACAGUACCAGAGCUGUUGAACAUGUCCCGUGAGCUUGGAGAGUUGAAAGCCUGUCUACGGUUGGCAGCAGGAGUGGCCAGUAAUCAGGAGGGCCAGCAGCAACCCAAAAUGCAAUCCAUCUUCACCACCUCUGAGGCGGCAGUGCAGGCUGUGCUUGAGUCCCUGAGGAACAGGCAGUAUACCACAGCCAUCUGCCACAUCCGCCAGUGCAGACAGCUUUGGCCAAAUGACAUCUUUGGCAGCAAUUCAGAGGAUGAAGUCCAGACCUUGCUGAACAUCUACUUUCAUCACCAGUCUCUGGGCCAGACGGGCAUGUUUGCCCUGGUGGGCUCUGAGCAGGAUGCGGGGCGGGUCAGCACCGAGCUGAUGGAGCUCAGCAGCGAGAUCCGGGAUAUGAUCCGGCGCGCUCAGGACUCCCGGCUCAUCUCAUCAUGCCUCCCGGACUCCAGCGCUUCAGCAGUGAGUCUCUGACAGGAAGUGUGCAGCACUCCAAAACAGCGCUGGAUCCCUCCUUAGAUACUCAGCCCCUCCUCUACACUCAUUCACUACUUCCCCGACCUGAUCCAGGCUAUACCCACGGCGCUGCCUGGGAGUGCUGCAGCCCUCUCACAGCUCUGUCCGACAAACUUGCACACUACUUCGGAAAAAUCAGAGAAUUGCCCUUGACUGCAAUGAAUAGGAAGAAGGGAGUCCUGAGAGUGAGCUUGUCUUCAGGCUCUCAAAUGUGCAGCAAUUCUGGAGAAACACAACUGCUCCUGUGUGACGCUUCAGACUGAGUCACGCUCUCACAUUUUUAUAUGUUUAUGUAAUUGCACUAUGUUGAGCUUUCAACAUCAGACAUCACAAAGGAAGAUUAGGUUGUUUGCUACUGAGGACAAGUGCUGUUUGUUUGGUUUUUUUUUAUAAGGAAACAGCUAAGCUGAUUAGAACUUGUACCAAAUGCAUCUGCACUGUAUAUUGUUCAUUGGGAAAUGUGCAAUGAAGGAUAAACUGAAUUGGAUGCCUUUCUACUGCUACUGAAGAAUGUUCUGUGAAUUAGACACACUAGAGAAAGCUUUCUUUUUUGUAACGGUGUUUAUGAGCCUGUUCAUCACUAUUUAACACUGAAAUUAACAUUUACGUGCACGCGCGCGCACACACACACACACAGGCAUGCUGACAUUUAGCUGCCAUACAAUACAAAACCAGUAAGCUGGUAAAUAUCAAUGUAUCCAAGGUGUUGGUUAAUGUUAGUGACACUAUUAGACCCUUUACUUUUUGAAACGUGUCACUUUCUACUGUAUACAGACUUGCCUCUUGCUCACCUGUAUUGUCAAGAUAUACCAACAUGUAUUUUCAUCUGAGAAAUCGUUCCAUAACGUGUCAUUCAAAACUGCCAAGCAUGCAUUGUUGUACUUAUGAUUUAUUAAAACUAUUUAAAUUAACUGGGCAGAAAAAAAAAAAACAUUUGUACAAAGUCCAAAAGGGAGCUCUGCUCAUGCAGGUCAGUUGUUUUAUGUUCAGAAACGUGCAUGCCAGCAGAGAUUCUACAUUGUUUUCCUAAGGGAAAAAAGUCUUAGAUUAGGGGUUUUACACUGUGUAUAUAGCUACUUUUACAGGUUUUGUGAAGUAAUUUUGUGUGGUGCUGUCAAGUGUCAUGUAAAAAUAAAGGCUUAGCAGAUAAA